AUGAUACCGGUCACUGAACAGGGCCCCGACUCGUCAUUUAUGAAUGGCGUGGGUAACAAUUCAGAGGCUCUAGGGAUCAGCGCAGUUAUUUUCAUGUCCAUCGCACUAUACAAUGCUCUCGAAUUAAUGAUCCUCAUCCCACUGAACUUCAAACGAUACCGCAGUCUAUACUUCUGGGCACUCAUCACCUCUACCGUUCUCGGAGUAAUCCCCGACUGCCUCGGUUCAGCCUUUCAAUUCUUCAACCUAACACCACUAUGGCUCAGUAUCCUUUUAUCCAAUAUCGGAUUCGUCUUCAUGGUCCCAAACCAAUCAGUCGUGCUAUACUCGCGGCUCCACCUAGUCUCCCAGAAUACAUCGCGGCUAGUCAUAGUACGCUGGCUAAUCAUAAUCAGCACACCACUGAUCGUCAGUCCAACCAUCAUCACGAACUGCGGUGCAAGCUUACUACCACAAAAUAAAUCGUGGUCCCAUGGAUUCGAUGUCAUCGAGAAACUACAGAUAACUUGGUUCACGUUUCAAGAAAUGUUUAUAUCCUCGGUUUAUAUCUGGGAUACCGUUCGGAUUAUUCGUCUAGGUUUUGAUGGUGAUAAUAGUAAGCGACGGCAUAAGAUUCUAUACGAAUUACUUGCUGUGAAUGUUGUGGCAAUUAUUAUGGAUAUCGCAUUGCUGGUACUAGAAUAUUUGGGAUACUAUUUUGCUCAAGUCUUAUUCAAGGCUUCAGUCUAUAGUAUCAAGUUGAAGCUGGAGUUUGCGGUAUUGGGAAUGUUGGUUUCCCUCGUUCAUACACGAGCUGGCUCGACAGCGACGUGGCAAGCGGAUUUGACUUCAUCGACUGGAUUUUCCUAG